UAGCGACCUUAUGUAAUGUUACGUCUGUGUGUUUUUGCUGCUGUUGUAUCCCACGUAGGGCACGGAGGUGUGAACCAGCUUGGUGGGGUGUUCGUGAACGGCAGACCCCUCCCGGACGUGGUGAGGCAGCGGAUAGUGGAGCUUGCGCAUCAGGGCGUCCGGCCCUGCGACAUCUCCAGGCAGCUUCGGGUGAGCCACGGCUGUGUCAGCAAGAUCCUCGGGAGAUACUACGAGACUGGAAGCAUAAAACCAGGGGUGAUUGGUGGGUCUAAACCCAAAGUGGCCACUCCGAAAGUGGUGGAAAAAAUUGCAGAUUACAAGAGACAAAAUCCCACCAUGUUUGCCUGGGAAAUCAGAGACAGAUUGCUGGCAGAGGGCAUCUGCGACAACGACACUGUUCCCAGCGUUUCAUCCAUUAACAGGUAA